UUCUUGUUCUCCGUUCCAACUUCUAACACUAGAAGCUAAUUUUGUCGACUGUCACCUUUCUAUCCUUUCCACUACGGUCUGACAGGGAGAGAGCAGAAGAGCACAACAAUGGCGACAACGGAGUUCACGUUAGAUGACGACGUCUACACUGACGCAUUCUUCGAAGAACUCAUGGAACUUGAAUCAAAAAUAACUCAGCAACCGCCACCGCAACCACCAUUACGAUUACCGCCACAAUCUGUUACUUCUGCACCUUCCUAUGUAUUCACCUCUCUAAAAACUGUUCCUACAGAACUUCCGAAAUCUUCUGUUGCUGAUAAUAAUUCUCAUUCUCCUCCUAGACUACUUUCGCAGCCAAACCCUAGCUUUACUCAUUUAAGUACCGAUACUCGAUCUGUUUCUUCUCCUUCUUCUGAAGAACAAUCCGAAAUUGAGCGAUUAAAGAGAGAGUUAAGGACUCUAUCCAAGAAGGCUUUGGAUUUGGAGCAAGAGUGCUUAGAGCUUAAAAAGCAAAAAGACAAAGAACAUAAGCCACAGUUUGUACCCAAUAAGAAACCAUGGACCUGUAAGUCUGAAGACUACUCCUGGAAAGAGGUUUCAAGAAGUGAAAGUGCAAAUGCUCUUGCUGUUCCUGUACCAUUUCGGAUAGGUGUAGAAAAAAAGAGUACUGGUAUUCAAACAGAUGAGGGGGAUGAGACUCUCAAUCCAAGCACUAGUGGUGCUGUAUCUACGUAUGGUUAUUUGUCAAAAUUGCAAUCCAUUUGGUUCCAAAAAAGCAGCCAAAGAGCACACAAAAAUUUUGUUGCUAAGUUACUUGAGGCAUGUGCAAGUGAGUUCUGUGUUCUCUUUGGUUGUUCAGGUCUGAGUGUGACCUCCCUAAGGGAUCACAAGUCAUUGACUCAUGCACAGAUGUCUGGGAAGUCUCUUGUCCUGCAUUGUGUUGAAGUUUCUAAAGUAUCACAAUUGUACACUGUGUUGACAAAGCUUGCUGAUGAUAUGGGUCUUAUAAAUGCUUUUCUGUUCUCACUGCAUGAUCUUUGUGGUCAUGAAAAUGUACAAAUUGUUCGUAGUUCUUUGUGCAUUCUGCGGACUGCUUUAUACCUCUUGAUUAACAUUAGUAGAAUAUGCACACUGAGGGAUAAUGUCAAGGUGGAGAGUUGUUCCCCUGGAUCAGAUGCUGUACAAAUUCACAGUUCAGAAGUCGAAAGAGCUGUCAGUGUGUGUGAUGUUGGUGGAGAUGGAACCUUCCAUACAAGCUCUGUAACAGCUUGCAAAAUUGUUUACAUUGCUGAAUGUGAAACUUUUUCCUUUAUUUGUCAUGUAGAUUGGCUUCGCCUGUUUAUUUCUAUGGGCCAGAUUGCUGUUAAAUUAGCAGAAGAACAUGCAAGGGUAGAAGCUGUUUCCAUCAUGAACAUAAUUUUGAUGAGAACUGAUCCUUGUUCUACUAGAGAAAAAUUUGGGGAAUCAGUUGUUUUUGAAGCCAUUUCACUACUAUUGAGAAAAGAAGCUGGGGUUUCCUGCCGGAAAGAAGUUGUUCAUCUCUUAUAUCUACUUUUAAACUGUCCUAAAAUAUUAGCCACCUUUUGUUCGAGUUGUAAAGUGGCUGACAGUCAUACGCAAUCUCUCAAUGACGAUGCAACAGUUUUGGCAUUUAAAGAAUCACAUGCAGUUCUCAGGGGAUUGGCUGAGUGUGUAGUUUGCCCUGAGUUCGGUGUACAGGAGCUGAACCUUCGUAAAAAUGCUAUAUCUGUGCUGUCAUUUUUAGCUCCUUCUGGCAAGUGUGGUUUUGACAUUUUUCUGUUCCACAAGCUUCCCGAAAGAUUUAACUUUCUGGGGUUAGUUCUUCAAGUACUGGUCUCAGAAAUUGAUGCUGAAGGAUCAGAGUCUUGCCCUGCACCAGAAAUAUUUAAAGAGAGAACUUUACUCAUGCAAGAAGCUUUGAGAUUACUUAAUCGACUGGCAUCUCAUCCUGCAUAUUCAGUGGCUCUCUUUAAAGAGUUAACAAGCAGUAGAGACUUGAUCAGCAUGGCAAUUGAUAUAGCAACUAGGUUAUCAAAGAAAUGCCGAAGACUAUUGAAUUUUGACCGGCAGAUCAGAGAGCAUGAAGUAGUGAACUUGGCUUCUUUGUUUAAGAAAAGAAUUUCCACCUUCCUCGGUGAAAAUAUUUCCUCCUGAAAUUUUGUUUCAUUUGAGGGUGUUUGGUUUGAAAGAACUUCUUUCGAAAAACCUGUUUUCCCUAUUUUAUGUUUGGCUUGACAAAGACUUUUUCAUCACUUUGCAAAUAUUUUCCUCCAGAAAAGGAAGGAUAUCAAUUUUCCUCCAUUUGUUCCCUGCCCCAUUAAUGGUGGAUUUUCCGCCAUAAGAUAGAGCGGGUAAGUGCCAUUGUUCCCCAUCUCAAUUUUCUCUUAUGAGUAACACAAAAGGAAAGUAGUUAUUAUUUGUACUCUCCAUUGGAAAAUAGUUUUUCGGAACUGAGUUUUUUUACCAAGCCAAACACCCCAUUAAUCACACCAAUUUUUGCUAACUGGAUGGUCAUGAAUUCUGUCUGUGCACCCGCAACAUCAAACAUUGUUGUGGGAGAUUUUUUGGGGCAGCAAUCAUGCAUGCAACACGAUUCAGAUAUCAUAAUUUUGUAACACCAUCUUAUAAUGAAAAAGCAGCAGAUUUGGACAAAAAAAUUUGAUAAUCAGAAACUAUUGUGAUGAUUUACUUCAUUUCUCACAUUCUAUCCUUGCCAUCUAUUCUGGUUGAAUUGUCUUUUCCGCUCUAUUACUUCAAUCACUGCUUACAGAAAUCUAGUAAUCUGUAUUCUGUCAUCUAUUUCUCAGAGCUUGCCUUUUAUUUCACGCUUGCAAAAACUUUAUAUCUUUGUAUUUAUAUUAUAUCGAAAACAAUUACUUUCAUUUGGUUCAAGCUCAGUAAAUCUCUAUUAUCUCUUUAUUUCGCAAGGAACAUGAGUUACUGCAAAAAUGUUAUUCAUGAUUUUACCAGCACUUUGUUGUGGACGGUGCAGAUUGUUCAUGUGGAGAUUAGAAUCUAGAUGAGCCAAAUUCACGGUGCAAAGAUGUUAUUCAAGUGCUACUGGUUUUUGAUCAUCUUAUAUGGAAUAUUUCUCUUCUGACUUCACUGUGGACACUACACAUGUUCAUCUUCAUCAUAUAUUGAUCUUGUCCUCCCCAAUAUCCACCGUUAAUGAGAAGAGAAUGGGGAUUAGAUAAAAGAUGGAAUGAAGCCUAUUGGGUGGUGUUGGUAGGUAGGGAUCAAACUUAUUCCCAUACAUCUCAAGUAUGAAGGAUACAGACAUACGGAGCAAAACUAGUCUGCUUUCCCUAACUUAUGCUUGGAGAGAAUACAUUCCUUGGCAUUUACUGUACAAGGUGUACACAAUCAUAUCCCAGCCAGGAGAUAGGCAUAUAAUUCAGGUCGCGGUUGUGGGUGGAAACUGGCACAAUUAACAUAUUCAUCUCCGGACGAUAUUUAAGUUGCAAAUUAUAUGAUAUCUUCAGGCAGCAGAGAACCAUAAAGUAUUUGAAAAUCUUAAAUAAUUGUGAACUUCGGUCUUGUCACAGUGUGAACAAACAUCGCCUUCCCCAAGCCCUUAAAUAAUCAAACAUCAAUAAGAAAAUGAAAUCUUUUCAACAGACAGCUAAAAUUAAUUCCAAUUCCUGCCACGCAUCGAAAAAUAAGCACCUUCGUCUAUGGUCAUUUUACACAAGAAUGUGGCUAAUCUGACUAUGCCUAAUAGAAACCAGUCCGUGGUGCAACAGCUCAUCUCAUGGGUAAAAAGCAAAAAUACAAAUGUGUUUACAGUAACAUGUUUUACUUGUACAACUAAAGCUUCAUUCUAUCCAACAAAAAGGCAGUAUUGUUGUGAGCUUGCUGUCCGACUAUUGCUGCAUUAGAGAUCUCUCGAAUAAACCGCACCAAGAGUAGAUCAAACCGAGCCUUCUUCACAGCUGCAAUCCUUAAAAUAAAACAAAAUGUAGAAAUGACGGUUCUAUUUUUAGGACUAUGUUCUUAAAUGGCAAGGUUUUAUCAACUUAUGCAAACAUUAUGAGACAGGUAGUUGAAAUGUGGGUGAUUUUCAUAUACACUAGACAAAAAAGUUGUUUUUGCACAAAUAAAAUUUUUACCUGGAAUCAUCUCAGCCAGUAAGCUAGUAUAUCUCUUCGUCUGGGAUAUCUGGUGUCAGGAACUUUUUUGGAUCUUUGCUGAUCUCUUCAUAGUUGAAUGAAGGUUUCACUUUUUCUGGAACGGGUACAAGUGGAAUAAUGCUAUCUUUAUCGAUAACCCCGUCAAUCAGUCCAUAUUCAACUGCUUCAAUAGGAGACAUAUAACGAUCC